AUUAAUAAACAGUUUGUUAUUAAAAUUAAUAGAGUUUCCUUAUUUAAUUAAAUUUCUGUAUGAAGGAGAAGAUAUAUUUGAAAGAAUAUAAUUAGAAUUUCAUGUUAAGGAAAUAGGAGGCCCGCAACUCGAGAAAAUAAUUUUGACACGAAGGGAAUGUAAAAACAAAGUUCCACGUAGAAGAUUCAAUAAUUCAAAAAAAUUUUAUUAAAAUAAAAGUACUUUGUGGCAGUUUAAUUACAUAUAAAUUAUGUUAAAUUGUGUAUCCAAGAAGGAGAAUUAAGAAGAAAUCAAAGUUUUAAUAAAAGUUGAUCAAUCAAAUAAUGGCUCAACAACCUCCUCAAAAUUAUGGAUAUAUGCAGCAACCAAUACCAAUUCCACAAAAUGGACAGCACAAUAAUCAAGGAUUAGUAAAUGGAGGAUAUCAACAAAUGAAUCUUCCACCAAAUAUGAAUCCAGUAAAUCCAUUGAAGCCACCAUUAACGAUGCCAGGUCAGCAACAAGUUCCUAAUAUUACAACUAGUAAUGUGCCAUUAAUACAGGCACCAACAAGCAUAAAUUAUCAAAAUUUUCAAACAAAUGCUCUUUAUGCUGGUGUUAAUGGAAGUAAUAGUGCAUUAUCGUCAAGAACUUCUUCUCCUGGAAUUCAACAACAAAAUUUAGCACCAAAUGCGGCGAUUCCAACAUCCCAACUGCCGCCAUCAAAAAGUUAUCCUAGUUAUCAACAUUUACCUGGUCAGCAGCAAAUGCAAUCGCCUGUUUCUAUGCCGCCACCAUUAAUGAAUCCUCAACAACAGCAGUCAUCUAGUCAGUUUCCAAUGACUCCUUUAAGUACUAACAAUAGUAAUGUUAAUAACAAUAAUGUGAGCGAAGCUAGUAAUAACACACAAAUGCCGACUAAUAUAAAUCCUGGUCCUACUUUAAUGCCAUCAUCACAACUAUCUGGUCCACCACAUUUAAGCGCGAGUAUGGCAAAUCUCACAAUAAAUAGCUCAGUUCCAAAUUUUCCAACACAAAUGCCUUCAUCAAAAAGUGAUCAGAAUCUUUUAAAUAAUAAUAAUUUACAAACAAAACAAUUGCAAAAAAGGCCAAUGUAUCCUCAGCAGCAGCAAAAUCCAUCUAUGCAACCAAUGAAUCCAUCUUUGCAACCAAUGAAUCCAUCUAUGGCAGUGCCCCAACAACCUCAACAGUUUCAAGCAAUGAGUCCACAACAACCAUUCAAUAACUUUCCUGGACCUCAACAGAAUGUUCAGCAGCAGCCCCAACAAGCUAGAGAAAAUCUUCAAUACCAAAACUUUCAGCAACAACCUCAGCCAAAUCAAUUUCCUGGCUCAGUUGUCAAUCAAGGUUUCAAUAAAAUGUGGGGAAGAGAAACUAUUGAUUUGAUGCAAAAUCGUCAUGUUUUGCCAACAACGAAAGUCGUUUCUCCACCAGUCAAAUUAAAUCAUCAAUUUCAUGAAGCCACAAAUUGCAAUCCAGACAUUUUUAGGUGUACAUUAACGAAAAUUCCCGAAUCGAAUUCAUUACUUCAAAAGUCUAGAUUGCCACUUGGAGUUCUCAUUCAUCCUUAUCGAGAUUUAAGUAAUCUCCCCGUUAUCAGUUGUUCAACAAUUGUAAGAUGUAGGGUUUGUCGCACGUAUAUCAAUCCAUUCGUCUUUUUCGUAGAUAGCAAAAAGUGGAAGUGCAAUUUGUGCUAUCGAAUUAAUGAAUUACCUGAUGAAUUUCAAUAUGAUCCAGUUAGUAAAACAUACGGUGAUCCAACAAGGAGGCCUGAAAUUCGAUCAAGUACAAUUGAAUUUAUUGCACCAUCCGAAUAUAUGCUAAGGCCUCCACAGCCAGCAGUUUAUCUGUUUUUACUUGACGUUUCAUCAUUAGCUCAACAAAGUGGAUAUCUGGAUAUUGCAUGUCAAACAAUUCAGGAGCAACUUGAUAAUUUGCCAGGAGAUGCACGAGCUCAAGUUGGGUUCAUAGCAUUUAAUAGUGCUGUUCAUUUUUAUAAUAUCGCUGAAAACUUUAAUCAACCACAUGAAAUUACAGUACUCGAAGUUGACGAUGUCUUUCUUCCCUGUCCCGACAAUUUACUCAUAAACUUGAAAGAGUGUCGAGAGCUUAUCAAUGACCUUCUUCAACAGCUCCCAAAAAGAUUUGCUAACGAGCAUGAUAAUAAAAGUGCACUAGGUGCAGCUCUUCAAGCUGCCUUAAAAUUAAUGAAUGCAACGGGCGGUAGAGUAACAGUUUUUCAAACUUGUUUGCCUAAUCACGGUCCUGGAGCUUUACAAUCGCGCGAGGAUCCAAACAAUAGAUCAUCAAAAGACGUUCAGCAUUUAGGACCUGCAACAGAUUUCUAUAAACGUUUAGCACUUGAUUGUUCUGGUCAGCAAAUAGCUGUUGAUCUAUUUCUUCUUAAUAGUCAAUACAGUGAUUUAUCGACUUUGUCUGGAAUAAGUAAAUUUAGUGGCGGGAGCAUACAUCAUUUCCCGUUAUUCAAUAUCAAUAAGCCACAACAAGUGACCGAAUUUCAACGAGAUCUUACUCGAUACUUGACACGCAAAAUUGGAUUUGAAUCAGUAAUGCGCGUAAGAUGUACUCGCGGUCUUAGUAUUCACACAUUCCAUGGCAACUUCUUCGUACGCUCAACUGAUUUACUCUCAUUGCCAAAUGUUAAUCCUGAUGCAGGUUUUGCAAUGCAAAUUACAUACGAAGAGAGUUUGGCUGAUGUGAAGACAGUUUGCUUCCAAGCAGCACUUUUGUAUACAAGUAGCAAGGCGGAGAGAAGAAUACGAGUGCAUACAUUAUGUUUGCCUGUAACGGAAAGCUUAACAGAAGUGAUGCAUUCUGCUGACCAACAAUGUAUCGUUGGAUUAUUGGCAAAAAUGGCCGUUGACAGAUCAUUGAGUUCGAAUUUAAGUGAUGCUCGAGAUGCCUUUAUAAAUGCAACAGUCGAUGUUUUUAGUGCAUUUAAACUUGCACAAAAUCUACCAUCGGGAGCAAGUGGAUUAAUUGCACCUCAAAAUCUAUCACUAUUUCCACUGUAUAUUUUAGCACUUCUAAAACAGGUGGCCUUUAGAACUGGAACCAGCACGCGAUUGGAUGAUCGUGUAUUUGCUAUGUGUCAAAUGAAAAGCUUACCGCUUGAUCAACUCAUUCGAUAUAUUUAUCCAGAUUUCUUCUUGCUAGAUUCAUUAUUUUCGGAUGAUACUGAUAAAACGGAUCCACCAAGAUUACAAUUAACUGCUGAAAGACUUGACUCACGUUCGAUGUUCUUAUUGGAUAAUGGUGUAAAUAUGUUUGUUUACGUUGGUUCGAAUGCUAAUCCUAGUAUAAUAAAGAAUGUUUUCGGUAAAAACACGGUAAAUGAAAUACCCGAUGUCUGCUACAAUUUACCAAAUCUUGAGACUCCAUCCAACGAAGCACUUCAUGAUUUCAUUAAUACAUUAAAUGAAGAGAAGCCAUUCAAUCCAACCAUACAAAUCAUCAGAGAUACAAGUCCGUGUAGAAGUCUUAUCGUACAAUACUUUGUUGAUGACCGUAAUGAGAAUAGUCUGAGCUAUUAUGAGUUUUUGCAGCAUCUGCGAACACAAGUGAAAUAAUUUUGUGUGUGUGUGUAUGUGUGUUUGUGUAAAUACAAUAAUAAUGAUAAUUGUUAUUACUAGUACAUAUUAUAUAAAAAUUAAUCGUUAUCAAAUACGUGACGAAAAAAGGAAGAAAAAAAAAAUUCGUAAAGGAAUCUUCGCUUCUUUUUUACAUACCUACAUAAUAUUAUAUGAGAAGAAAAAAAAAAAAAUUGCAUAAAAUACAUUUAAUUUCCUUACUUUUUUCGGUGAUUUUAAUUUAUGUUACUGUCCAUAAUCGAUUAUUUAAUAGCAAUGAAACGUUUAUAAAACAUUUCUUUAAUAUUAUUAAUUAGUUCUUCUUUAUUUCGGAACGAAAUUGAGAGAAAGGUA